AUGGCACGGCGGCCGUUCUCGUCGCUGGCGCACUCCUCGUAUCGCCGCAGGAUCGUCGAGUGCAAUGCGGCGGCUUGCUCCUCGCGGCUCCCUUCCCGCGCUAGGCCGCCCGCCCGCCCCCGUAUCGCUGCCAGCUCCAACACCACCUCAGCACAUGGAAUUGAUAGUAGCAUAAUUACUAUUCAGACUAUGACGUGGUGGGAGACCCUGAAUCACAUGGCCUACAAAUUUGGGAGCCUUGGCAAGUCUGAUGGAAAGCUGGCCUUGAAGAUACUGAGUUCUAUUGUGGAGCGAUCAGGUUUAGACCGAAUUACCUACAUUUACUGUAUGGCUGUUCCAAUUCUCAUCCAGGCUCAAAUGCAUUCGCAAGCAAUGUCAGUGUUGAGGCAUCUUGCUGUGACGGGCUUCUCCUGCACUGCUAUUUUUACGUCCCUCUUGCGGGCCAUUUCACGUUUUGAUUCCACCAAUCAUGUCGUUUUUGAACUCCUUGUCAAAGCGUAUGUCAAGGAAAGAAAAGUGCUAGACGCAGCUGUGGCAGUUUUCUUUAUGGAUGACUGUGGAUUUAAGGCUUCACCUGUUGCUUGCAAUACCAUCCUUAAGGCACUUGUGGAGGAAGGGGAAUCAAAGUAUGUUUGGUUGUUCUUGAGAGAGAGUUUGGCUCGUAAAUUUCCUCUGGAUGUUACCACUUGCAACAUUCUUCUGAAUUCCCUAUGCACCAAUGGUGAAUUUAGAAAGGCUGAAGAUAUGCUUCAGAAGAUGAAGAGCUGUCACCUAUCUAAUUCUGUCACUUAUAAUACAAUACUACAUUGGUGUGUUAAGAAGGGGAGAUUUAAGGCUGCCCUGUGUGUUCUAGAAGAUAUGGAGAGGGAUAGUAUACAGGCAGAUAUAUACACCUAUAACAUCAUGAUAGAUAAAUUAUGUAGAAUAAAGAGGAGUGCGCGUGCUUUCCUUUUGCUCAAAAGAAUGAGGAAAGAUGACUUAACACCUGAUGAAUGUACCUACAAUACUUUGAUCCAUGGUUUUUUUGGUGAAGGUAAGAUAAAUCAUGCUCGCUAUGUCUUUAAUCAUAUGCUGAGACAAACUUUGGUUCCAAGUGUAGCUACUUACACUACAAUGAUUGAUGGGUACUGCCGAAACAGGAGAAUUGAUAAGGCCCUAAGUGUUCUGUCGGAAAUGCAAAUUACUGGUGUCUUGCCAAGUGAACUAACUUAUAGUGCUUUGUUGAAUGGUUACUGCAAAGUUUCCAUGUUGGGACCUGCUCUAGAUCUUAUGGAAGAUCUGAAAUCAAGAGGUAUUACCAUCAAUAAGACGAUGUGUACUAUUCUCAUUGAUGGUUUCUGUCAAGUGGGUGAGAUUUCCAAUGCUAAACAAAUUUUGAAGAGUAUGCUUGAGGAUGGAAUUGAUCCAGACGUCGUCACUUAUUCAGCAUUGAUCAAUGGUAUGUGCAGGAUGGCUAAGUUGCAUGAAACAAAAGAAAUUUUGUCAAGGAUGCAGAAAAGUGGAAUUUUACCUAAUGAUGUGCUAUAUACAACUCUGAUUUGUUACUAUUGUAAGGCAGGGUAUGUCAAGGAAGCACUAAAGCAUUUUGUGGACAUUUAUCGAAGGGGGCUAAUUGCCAAUCCAGUUAUCCAUAAUGCAUUAUUACGUGCUUUCUAUAGAGAGGGAAUGAUUACAGAGGUUGAACACUUCAGACAAUACAUGUCCAGGAUGAAUAUAUCAUUUGAUUCUGUCUCCUUUAACUGCAUAAUUGAUAGUUAUUGCCACAGAGGUAACAUAGUUGAGGCAUUUUCAGUUUAUGAUGAUAUGGUUAGAUAUGGCCAUUCUCCAAAUGUUUGCACAUAUCAGAAUUUGCUUAGAGGAUUAUGUCAAGGAGGGCACUUGGUACAAGCAAAGCAGUUUAUGUUCUGUCUUCUUGACAUACCUUCUGCUAUUGAUGAGAAAACUUUCAAUGCACUACUUCUUGGGAUUUGCAAAUAUGGAACCCUAGAUGAAGCUUUGGAUCUAUGUGAGAAAAUGGUAAAAAACAACUGUUUACCUGAUAUCCAUACCUACACCAUUCUUCUCAGUGGUUUUUGCAGGAAAGGUAAGAUUUUGCCUGCGUUAGUCAUGUUGCAGAUGAUGUUGGAGAAAGGAGUAGUCCCUGAUACUGUUACAUAUACCUGCUUGCUGAAUGGGUUGAUCAAUGAAGGCCAAGUGAAGGCUGCUUCUUAUGUUUUCCAGGAGAUCAUAUGCAAGGAAGGCCUGUAUGCAGAUUGUAUUGCCUAUAAUUCAUUGAUGAAUGGGUACCUCAAGGGUGGAAACGUGAAUACUAUAAAAAGGAUGAUGUCCGAUAUGUAUCAGAAUGAGGUUUAUCCAAACUCUGCUAGCUAUAACAUACUUAUGCAUGGGUAUGUCAAGAGGGGACAAUUUUCAAAGUCCUUAUAUCUGUACAAAUAUAUGGUGAGGAAAGGAAUCAGGCCAGACAAUGUUACAUAUCGCUUGCUCAUUCUUGGUCUUUCUGAGUGUGGGUUGAUUGACAUUGCAGUUAAGUUCUUGGAGAAGAUGAUCUUAGAAGGCAUUUUCCCCGAUAGGUUAGUUUUUGAUAUACUGAUUACAGCUUUCAGUGAGAAAUCCAAGAUGCAUAAUGCACUACAACUUUUCAAUUGUAUGAAGUGGUUACAUAUGUCACCCAGCAGUCAAACUUUUAGUGCCAUGAUAAAUGGAUUGAUCAGAAAAAAUUACUUGGACCAGAGUCACGAAGUUUUACAUGAGAUGUUACAAGUAGGGCUUCAACCAAACCAUACACACUAUAUUGCAUUGGUCAAUGCAAAAUGUCGGGUUGGUGAGAUUGAUAGAGCGUUCAGGCUAAAAGAAGAAAUGAAAGCUAUUGGCAUUGUGCCUGCUGAAGUUGCUGAGAGCUCAAUUAUUAGAGGACUUUGUAGAUGUGGAAAACUUGAGGAGGCAGUCAUAGUUUUCAGUAGUAUGAUGCGUUCAGGAAUGGUGCCAACUGUUGCUACUUUCACUACUCUAAUGCACAGUCUUUGCAAAGAAUCCAAGAUUGCUGAUGCUUUGCACUUGAAGAGGCUAAUGGAGUUGUGUAGAUUGAAGGUUGAUGUUGUCAGUUAUAAUGUUCUAAUUACUGGUUUAUGCAAAGACAACCAUAUCUCUGAUGCACUUGAUCUUUAUGGAGAGAUGAAAUCUAAGGGUCUUUGGCCGAAUGUUACUACCUAUAUCACACUCACUGGAGCUAUGUAUUCGACAGGGAGAAUGCAGAAUGGAGAGGAACUACUGGAGGAUAUAGCAGAAAGGGGUCUUAUUCCGGCAUAUAAGCAGUUUGAAAAUCUUGAAAGACGGAUGGAGGAUGCAAUUAGAAGGCUGAACAUGAUAAGAAACUGCAGAAAGGAAGUGCCUUUUAGAGGUGUUGAGCUACUACCUGUAGAUCCUGAACCCAAAUACAAAAUUACCCAGGGAGAAAGAGGAACCUCACAUAUUUCAGUGGAUCCUAGGGGCAGGUAUGAUAUGCAUAAGUUACAGCAGGCAUUCGCAGCAAAAAAGAACCUGCAAAAAGCUGUCAUCAUCUCAAAUACUUCGAACAACCACACGUCACAUUAUCAGGACAUUUCUCAUAACAUUGUGCUGCAGAGGAUGAUCAGUGGAGGGCAACAGGAUGCCACCAAGAGGAAGGAAGCACUGGUGCAUAAGCUAUGCAGGAAAAGCUUCCCAUCAUACUAUUCACUCAGAGGCCACAUGAAUCUUCACAACGGCAAACGCAAGCAAAAGAAGCUCUCUAAGAACAUGCCUAGCCUUCCCAACAUCAGAGAUGGUGCCACAGAAAGCCGUAACUCUGAUGUGAAGCUGAAAUUCAUCGGUCUAUCGCAAGUGUUGAAGGUGACAGCAACUCAGCAACCCACGAUUGCAACCUCUACGGCAAGGUCUUCACAUCCAGCAAAGGAUUGGCAAGCCGCAAGGAAGUUUCACAAAGUUCCUGAUCAUGAAAAGGCUGCAGCAUCACCCAACUCUGCAGCGUCUCAAACAGGAAAGCAGCUGCUUGAAAGUGGGUAG